AUGCGAGAACGUGGUAAUAAGUAUCGCACCUUCGUGGGAACUUUGCUAAUGGUGGUGCGCGAAGAGGGGUGGCGCGGUCUAUAUCGCGGCUUGGGCACGCACUACAUCCGUCAAGUUCCCAACUGCUGCAUCAUGAUCGGAACCUACGAGUGGGUCAUUUAUCUCCUCUACUCCUGUAACCUUGUCUCGUCCAAAGCCGUUAGCGGUGACAACAUUGGUGACCGGUGA